AUGGGGAAGUCCAGUUCUUCCAAGUGUUGCUGCAAGUCAAUUAGUAGCAUUGGAAUAAUCAUGCUCGCUCACAUACUAACCUACGGUAACUGGAAAGCCCAGCAUGGUGCUCAGGCAACAUCUGUUCCACUCACUUUCAUUGAGAAUCUCAAGGAAACCUAUUCAGACCACCACGUUAUGCAGACCAAUCCUGAUAAAUGUGACCUCAUGGGUUACGCCGAUGCCGGUUUCGCAAAAAAUGAACGCAGUGAUGAAAUUGCUAAUUGGACUAUUCAAACAUACCACGCACCAGGAUCUCGUCUUGCCAAUAAACCGAAGACAGUCGUUGAAGAUGUCAAAUUCGGCAGGUGGAAUUAUGUUUGGGAGAAAAUGGAAUAUACUGUUUAUCAAGCACAGUAUGAUCAUCCAGCGGGGUUCGGCACUUUGAAGUUACAGUUUAUCCUCACAAAUAAAGAAAAAGACCCCUCCGCUGAGAGUACAAAUGCUUUGAUUCUAGCCGCCAGUGCUUGGACUGUUGAACUUCACGAAGAAAUAUACGUCUUCGAUAGUCAAGAAUGGGUUAAAGACAAGAAUCUUUAUGAAUCUGUUCAGGGCUCCUCGUGGGACGAAGUCAUUCUCAAUAAAAGAAUGAAAGCCAAUCUUAUCGCUGAUGUGGAGGGCUUCUUUGAUAAUCAGGCUUUGUAUAAGAAGCUUGCUGUGCCUUGGAAACGUGGGAUCAUUUUGCAUGGUGUACCAGGUAAUGGCAAAACUAUUUCCAUCAAAGCCCUCAUGUCAAGUCUCUCCUCUCGUCCCUCCCCUAUCCCAUCCCUAUAUGUCAAAUCUUUCGACGGUAAAUGCCAUGGCCCAAAAUGGGCCAUCUCAACCAUUUUCCAAAAAGCCCGCAAAAUGGCACCCUGCCUCCUCAUCUUCGAAGAUCUCGAUUCUCUCGUCACAGAGAAAACGAGAUCUUACUUCCUAAAUGAAGUAGAUGGACUAGAAUCCAAUGAUGGAAUCCUUAUGAUCGGCAGUACGAAUCAUUUAGGAAAAUUAGACUCGAGUAUUAGUAAGAGACCAAGCAAAUUUGAUCGGAAGUACUGCUUUAGGGUUCCGAAUGAAGAAGAGCGUAGAGCGUAUGUAGGGUUUUGGAGAGGAAAAUUGGGAAAGGAUGGAGGGGAUAUGGUGGACUUUGGAGAGGAAUUGUGUCCACUUGUGGCGAAGACGACGGAGGGAUUUAGUUUUGCUUAUUUGAAAGAGCUGUUUAUUGUUACGCUGUUAAGUAUUGCGAGGGGUGCUACGGGUGCGGGUCAUGAUGGUGCUGGGGGGGAGGAGGAGGAGAGUGAGAGUCCCACGACUGCUUGUACAUCCACACCUACGGAUGAUGGGGUAGUGGUUGAGAAUGACGAUAGCAUGGAAAAUGUUCUUCAAAAUACUCGACCUUCUACUGACACCGAGGAAACAGCGGAGCGGACCAAACAUCAGAAGACUCUCCCAAAAGUAGAUAUUCCUGAGCAUCUCACAGAUAACAUUUUUCUCAAAGCACUUUUGGUGCAAGCGAAGAUGCUGGUAGAGGAAAUGGAUAACACGGAUGAACUCAUGGGAGGGGAGAAGGUUCUUGGUUCGAAUGGGAUGGGUGGUCCUUUGCCCAUAGGAAUGGCGAGGGCGAGGGCGGUCAUGGGUACGUGUUGA